AUGUCAUACAUUUCAUCUUCAAAAUUAACAUGUGUACAAUCGAGAAAUGAUGUGAAUCUUGUUGAAGAUUUAAAUGAUAAUAUUCGAUACAAAAAAGGAAAAAUAUCAUCACAUUAUAAAGAAAUGUUUUCAAUCAAUUUAAAAACUGAUUCAAAAAGAGAAAAUAUUAAAAAGUCAAUCUCACCAACACGUCAAUUAAUUCCAAAAAUUUUAAUAGUUGUUGAAGAUAAAGAACAAAAUGAUUUUAUAUUACCAUUAACUUCAAAAGAUAAAAUUGUUAUGAAUUAUAAAUUUUUACAAAAAGCUGAAACAAAUGAACAAACUGUUACAUUGGUUGAUGAACCAAUUAAAAAAAGAACAAGUAAUUUUACAAUAUUACAACAAACAAAAAAUAGAAAUAAAUUUAUUGAAAAAUUAAUAACUUUAUAUGAUGAUAUAAAAUAUUUUACUAAUGUUGCUACUACAUUUUUAUAUGUUAUUAUACCACCAACAAGAAAAAGUAUUGUUAGAAAAGCUGCAUUUCAUCCACCACCUAAAGGAAAAAAUUAUUUUUUAACAAAUAAUCGAGAAUAUAAUAAUUUAGUUUUUAAAUCUGCAGAAGAAGCUCAUGGUUGUAAAAAUAUUAUAUUAUGUUUACCAAGUCUUAUUAAUCAAAGACAUAUUGCUGUUGAUCUUUUUCAACAAAUUUUAAGAACAAGAGUUAAAAUUAUUGAAAAUAGACUUAAAACUAAAAUUGUAACACUUUUAUGUAGAUGUGUACAUUCAUUUAAAACAAACAAAAAAUCUCCAUAUCUUUUAAUUUUUUCACAACCUAAUAGUAGUGAUAUAGGAAGUGGUAUGUUGACAGAUCCUAAUUUUGUUGAUAUAGCUGAUUAUCUUAAUAUUGAUGUUCUUGUUUAUGAUUAUGGUGGAUUUGGAUUAAGUCAAUCACAACCUGGUGAGGAAGAACUUUUUGCUGAUAUUGAUGCUGUAUAUGAUUAUGCAUGUAAUGGAUUAAAAUAUUCAUCAAAAAAUAUUAUUCUUUUUGGUUUUAGUAUGGGAACAGCUGUUAGUGUAUACCUUGCUUCAAAAAUUAAAGAUUUAGCUGGUGUUAUUUUAUUAGCACCAUUUACAAGUCUUUUAAGAGUACUUUUUCAAAAACCAAAAGAAGAAAAAACUAAUAGAAUUGAUCAAUUUGUUACUGUUGAUCGUAUUUGUGAUGUUGAAGCAAAAACACUUAUUAUACAUGGAACAAAUGAUUCAAUGGUUAGUAUUAAACAUAGUAUGAUACUUUUUUCAAAACUUUGUGAUCCAGUUGAUCCAUUAUGGAUACAAGGUGGUACACAUCAAUCAGUUUAUAGUGAAAAAGCUACAUGGAAACGUAUAAAAACAUUUUGUAAAAAUGAAUUUGGUUUAAAAGAAAAAUGGAAAAAAGCUGUUCAUCUUAGUAAGAAACGUCGUACACCAAUUACAUUAACAAAAGCUUGUAUUAAUUCUGUUCUUGAAUGUUCAACAUCAACUGACAAAAGUGAUAAAUCAAGUAUUACAUAA